GAUCCAGAUCAGGCGCCUCCUGCCCUCUUGGGGUGAGGAGCUGGUGAGAGGCUCACUUGGGGUGGAGCUGCAGGAAGAGGAUGGCCUCUUGAACUGUCUCUCUCUCUCCCGAGACUUUGCCCCCUGUGGAGUGGUUAGUCCUAUGGCACAUGUGCUGUGGGGGCCAAAGAUCUGUUGUUGAUAAAUGUACUUGACUUUGAGAUCACUAGCCACAUGGCUGCGAUUCUCUUGGGAGGGGAUUGCAACGUCACCUAUAGACAAGUGUGAAGUAUUAAGUCCAUCACCCCAUUUGGGUGUUUCCUGGGGAAAUAAAAAUCCCUUCCUGGGUUUGCACGAGAAGGGUGGCUCGGGAGAAGUGUCUGGCAUGUCAGCAAUAAGUAAGGUCUGCUACUUAAAGCACAGGUCACUUGGCUUUCAGUGCUGACAGUUAGCAUUUCCGAUGCUCUAAGUGUUCCCUCUCGGGUGGCCUUGGCUGCUGGGCAGAACAGGCAGAGUAGCGCAAGCCGCAGGGUCUGCAGAGCCCCAGCACUCCUGGCAUUGAAGGCGGCUUUCUAGGGAUGAAUGGUGCUCUCAGAGACAGGCCGUCCUGCUCCACUGUCCAUAGCAUCCCUGUGUUUGCUAACUUUGCAGCUACCCACUUCUCGUUCUGAGGAGUGAGUGAAUUGUUAGUGUGUCCAUAUCUCCCCCACAGAAGGCCUGUAACCAUAAAGUAAACAACUGUUCCUGAACUUGGAAAUAUCAUUCAUUCACAUGUGCAGUUCUCAUGUAAAGGACAAUCUCCGAUAUUUUUAGAUAAGAGUUUUGGGUACUUUUUUCUUUCUUGGUUUCCAUCUUUAUUUUGUUCCGCUUCCUCUUCUUACACUGACCCCAUAAUACCUUUCAAUUUAUUCAUUUUUCUGUCUCUUUCUCUCUCUCUCUCUCUGUGACACACACACACACACACACACACACACACACACACACACACACACAGAGAGAGAGAGAGAGAGAGAGAGAGAGAGAGAGAGAGAGGAGAAUUUGACUCAAAAGCAUACCUGUUAUUCUGAAUCUACCACACAAGAGCCGUUUAACGCCAGCCCAGCCCUCCAGGAAAAGCUGCUAGUCUGUUAGUAUUCUCUCUUCCACGGGCCACUCAGUGCUCUGAUUUGUCAGGUCCUGUGUAAGAUUAUCUUUUUUUUUUUUUUUUUUUGACUAAAAUCUCCUCUUCAGCAUUCGGUUGGUGCAGUUUUGGGUUACAGAUGAGCCUGUCAGCUUCUGAGGGUGAAUGGCCUGCCCCAUUUCCCUCUAUAAAGACACCUGUUCCCUUUAUUUUCCUAACAGAGGGAGAGAGUAAAAUGACCACUGUAUGCAGCAUCCUGCAGAGUCUGGAUUAUCAUUUUAAAAUUUAAUACGUAGGCUUUCUCGAUCCCCGGCCAUCUUGGUGGCUGGUCUUGGUUGGGGGCUGUCCCGCACCUAAGGCAGGAAGAUGGUGGCCACAAAGAAAACGAAAAAGUCUCUGGAGUUGAUCAACUCUAGGCUCCAGCUUGUUAUGAAAAGUGGAAAGUACAUGCUGGGGUACAAACAAACUCUGAAGAUGAUUGGACAGGGCAAAGCGAAAUUGGUUAUCCUCGCCAACAACUGUCCAGUCUUGAGGAAAUCUGAAAUAGAAUACUAUGCUGUGUUGGCUAAAACUGCUGUCCAUCACUACAGUGGCAAUAACAUUGAAUUGGACACAGCAUAUGGAAAAUACUACAGAGUAUGCACACUGGCUCUCAUUGACCCAGGUUAUUCUGAUAUUAGAAGCAUGCCAGAACAGACUAGACUGGUGAAAAGUAAACCAGGAAAUUUCCCUUUAAUAAAACUUUACCAGAGCUCCUUUAAAAAAAAAAAAAAUACAUAGAUCCUUGGUUGUUGAUGGUCAAAGCUAUAAUUUAGCAGUGCAGUACCAAAUAAAAGUUGAGUGAAAGAUUUCAGUAUAUAGCAAGCAUUUCCCUGUGCUUGUUUGGGCUCUGUAAUUUAGUUUCUGCUUCUUUUUUCUUACCUAAUUCCAAGAGGUGCUGCUUUUCUACAGAUAACACAAGUAGCCGCAGAUAUCCAAGUGAGGUGUGAUGGCCCCAUUGUUUUAUUCAACUCACAUCUGUUGCAGACUACAGGGAAGUCUUGAUUGAAGUGUGGUUCCCAUGUCUUUGGCUGUCUGGACUUGGAUCUAAGUGCUGGGAAAUGUCUGUGGCUUUAAAUGCAGUGUUCGAAGGGUGGGAAGGGCAGGGCGAGCCAGCCAGGGAUGUUCCCUGGGCCAUCACCACGUUAUACAUUAUAAUGAGCCCUCGGCUUCCUGUCCAACUUAGGAAGAGAACAAGCAGGCAUGAGGCGGACAGAGGCCUGGGAGCUUCCUUUGGAGAGGCUGGUUUCCUAAGUGACUGUGGGUAUCCUGGCUUGUCUGUGUAGAGCUGUUUUGUUGUCCACUCUUCCUUUGCUGUUUCUCAUGUAUAAGCAGACUCUCUUGAGAUACAGUGGUCGGGAGGAGGCUCGUUUCUCCCAUCUCUUUA